AUGCAGGUAUCACUGAUCUCCUACGUCUUCUCCAUCCUGCUUGCCACAGGAAUUUGUUUGAAGUGUGAACAGUGCAGCAGCGGCACCAAUUCGUGCACCGGUACACCACAAAACUGCAAAAAAUCAGAAAAUGCCUGCCUCAUCCAGACCAUAGAGACCACCAUUGGGAAAGAGAAGCGGUUGACCACCUACAAAGGCUGCACCAAACACAUGUACUGCCCUCGGAGUCCCAUGAGUUUCACUUUUCCUUCAAUGCGCGAAAGGAGAGCCGCCAAGUGUUGCCGCAAGGAUCUUUGCAACAAUGGAACAGUGACACUGCCACGUCUGGGGAUCAGACUAAAUAGCCUGAAGUGCCCUGGGUGUUUCUCCAAGGAUCCAAAAUGCACACCCACUGAGAUAAUAAACUGCAACGGCUGGGAAACCAAUUGCGUCUACUAUGAUGUGUCAGUGGAACAAGAUGGAAAGACCUACACUUUUGCUAAACGUGGCUGUGGGACCAUACAUGCUUGCGUGAACGAGCAACGCAUUUUUGGUGUGCCCAGACAUUAUAUGGAAAUUUGGAAGUCUCCUCAGUGUACUCCCGCUCCCCGAAUACUCAGCAAAAUUGGCAAGUAG